GGUCUGUCAGGAAAGGCGGGCAGAUACGUGAGGCCUGAACAGGAAGGAAUUGGGAGACCCAAGACUGUACCGCCAAGACUGCUUUCGAGUCGGGCCGACCGGAAUUUGAAUUCGUUUCUUCACUUACUAGUUAUCCUCACAGCCACCGUGGACAAUGCCAACAUCCUGCUACAGAUUGACAGUGCCCAUCUGGCUGCUGCUGACUUCUGCACCAAGUUUGAGACAGAGCAGGCCCUGUGCCUGAGUGUGGAGGCCAACAUCAAUGGCCUGCGCAGGGUGCUGGAUGAGCUGACCCUGGCCAGAGCCGACCUGGAGAUGCAGAUUGAGAACCUCAAGAAGGAGCUGGCCUACCUGAAGAAGAACCACGAGGAGGGGCCGUUCCUCGGGGCACGACGCUGGCUCCAGCACAGAUCCUGCUCCUCUGUGGCCUUCCUGGGCUGCCUUCCCCUCCUCCAGGACUGCUGUAGACUGACAUUGCUCAGGUUCAGGUGGAUGAUGCCCACCUGGCUGCCAAUGACUUCUGCACCAAGUGAGGCUGGGUCUCUGGAGCUGCGCCAGGGGCUGGACAAGCUGGCUCUGGCUGGAGCCAACCUGGAGAUGCAGACUGAGAACCUCAAGGAGGACCUGGUCUACCUGAAGAAGACUGAACAAUGACUAUCUUUCUUCAGCCCCAUCUAAUUAUGGCCCCUGGCACAUACUAAACAAUCACUAAGUAAUUCUUAAAUAACUUUUAUUUCAACAUUCACAGUUAAAAACAUUCCAUACUGUAACAAAAAUUUCAAUCUUUCAAUCUCAAAAGUCCAAUACCCUUAGUUUGAUUCAAGCUCCAUCAAAGAUGAAUUGGUUAGUUUUUAAUCUGGAGUUUACAAGUAAUAGUUAAUACUUCAAAAAGCCUAACAUAGAUGAUAUGUUUGCCCACAAAAAGGAUAAAAAGACUAAUGAAAAUGGUAAAUUAUUUGCUUUGGGCUGGAAUUUUAGUACCUAGGUCUGCCUACAGGGUGCCAGUCAGAAGCAUGAUUUGUGUUGUUCAUGCCUUUAUGUAGCAAAAUAUAAUUCUUUAAUAAAUGCAGUUUGGUAAACAUAAUCUUUUAAAACACAGGACAUAGGGGAGUAAAAAGAAGGCCUUGGUGAUUAAAAAGUUGGAAACCACUGAAUUAAAUUACCUUCAAAUCCCUUUAAGUAUCCUGUUUAUCCUUAUAAACAUUAGCUCUCACUGUAUAGCAUUGUAAAGACAAGUAAAAGAGUUAGACUUUUUUUUUUUUUGAGAUGGAGUUUCACACUUGUUGCCCAGGCUGGAGUGCAGUGGUGUGAUCUUGGCUCACCGCAACCUCCACCUCCCAGGUUCAAGUGAUUCUCCUGCCUUAGCCUCCCAAGUAGCUGGGACUACAGGCAUGCCCCACCAUGCCUGGCUAAUUUUUGUAUUUUUAGUAGAGAAGGGGUUUUAGUAUGUUGGCCAGGCAUAGUAACUCUUGAUGAUCAAGUCCUGACCUUGUGAUCCGCCCACCUUGGCCCUCCAAAGUGCUGGGAUUACAGGUAUGAGCCACCACGCCUGGCCUACACUCCUUAUUUUCACAGGGUUUUUUCCCACAUUUAAACUUGUCACUCGACUAGGAAGUCAAGAUUGAAAUGGCUCUUUCCAUGAAUAAUUUAGUUUUGGGGUUGUUGCCAAAGUGAUUUAUAAUGAUUUUAAUAAUGAUAGACAUCCCCUAAAACAUUCUCAAGUAAUUAGACCCUUGGGGCUGCUGCAGUGGCUCAUGCCUGUAAUCCCAACCCUUUGGGAGGCUGAGGAGGGAGGAGUGCUUGAGCCCAAGAGUUCAAGUCCAGCCUGGGCAACACAGUGAGACCUCAUCUCUUUGUAUGUUAAAAAAUAAAUAAUUUAAAAAAUUGUAUCGUCGGGACCAUA